GCACGUUCAAAAUUCAGUCUGCUUCUCCAAUUCAAAUUACAAUCAUCCAACUCCAGUAAAAUUCCUAAAAAAUCAAACCACAUCAAAAAUGAAGGUUUUCGCCGUUCUCGCCCUCUGCGUCGUUGCUGCCUCCGCUGGCGUCGUAAACCAUGAAGCAUGUGGUGGAGCCGGACGAGUCGUCCAAAUUAGGAUUAGCGACUGCGAGGGGGCCAUUGCCGACAUGGUCCCCGCGGUUGAAUACAACUGUGAAGGGGACAUCAUCCCUGCCGUUUCGUCCGCUGGCCUUCAUCUUAAAGUGAGCGCCCUCUACCUUGGCUUCCCUGUCACCAUUAUCGACUCGGUCGUCCCUGACUCGGCCGUUCAGGCUGGAGCACAGUACACUCUCCGAUGGUCCAUCACCCCCAGCACCCUUCUCAGCGGAAACACCGUCCCCGUUUCUUCAGAAGUUUCCGACGCCGCGUCCGCCGGUAUCAUGAUGUGCGGCCGAAUCCAGGCCCGCAUUGCCUAAAUUUUUUACGAUGAAUCAGAUAUUCUUGUGUAAUUGGCUAAUCGAUUCGGAAUAAAAUAUGUAAAAUUAAUUUGGUGGCGAAUUGUUAAUGUCUCAUAAUAUUGAAAUAUACAUUUCAUAAAAGGUAUUUCAUGACGCAUAUUUUGACUGAAUUAGUACGAAGUUUCAAAUGAUUUAAUACAUAACAAAUUAGUACAGAUCACGGUAUUUCUAAUUUCUAAUUUCAAGAGACAUUUUAGAGUAAAAAUUUCUUGAAGAUUUCAAAAAUAUGAAAGGUUUAUGUGGUUUAUCGUAUUACAUACUUCACAAAUUUAGUUUGUGUAAGAGCAUGGAAAAUAAAAUUGAUAUAAUUUGUAGUAUUGUGAGCAUAUUUUAAUUUGUAAGAAAUGUUUAAAAUUAUUAAGUUUUAAGUUUUAUUGCAGAAUAAAGGGUUGACGUGGAUAUGGUAGAAUUAGUCAUAACAAAUGAGAUUACCAUUAAACAAAAUUAGCUUGGACACUUUGACAUCAUUACGCAUUUAUGUAUUUACCUACGCUUGCAGUUUAUGUAAUAAAUGCAUCACCAACACACCAUCCUGGUGUCAACCACUUGUACCCUGGAUUAAAAUCAAAGCAAUAAUUGCUUUUUCCAACACGCGACAAGAGUCCAGUACUACAAACCAGCACUACAGGGUACAAAAAUAUCCGAGUUGCAAGUUAUUUACGUGCUUACUAAUAGUGAUAACAAAAUUAUGUAAUGAUGCACAACUAGUUUGUCGUUCAAGUAUUUUGUCCCAUCGUGGCGUGUGGCUGAAGCAACCUGAAGCAAUGACAAACUAUGGACGCAGUCGAUAUUUUGAUCAGUAUAAAAGUAAUAAUGGACUCAAUCACAUCAAAACUACUAUUGGCAUUCUCCGAAGAGAAUCUUAAAUCGCUAUAAACCAUGAACUGCAAAAUUUCAUCUUUGCUAUUGUUGGCCGUUGGCAUCGCGUGCGCCAGUCCAACCGGUGAACUCCUUAACGAUGCUCAACUGGACAAGAGUGUCAUCCUCAGCAAGGUUUUUCAAGGGAUUCUCCUCCCCAAAGUUAUCACGCAUUUGAAGCAGUCCAUCCCUCAAAUUCAAGAGAACUUGCACUCCAUCAAAUUAAACGAUCCAGCACAACUGGGUGGAUUUAACCUGUCCCUCGAGUAUGACAGCGGUACCUUCCCCGGCCAGAGGACAUACGGCUUUGCCGCAGCGCAAGACAUACUUCUUCACGGUGUUUCUGAAAUUGUGGAUGAUUUCAAUGUGGCGUAUAGUACUGCCGACCAAACGGUAACCAUUACUUGGAGCGCCGCAUCACCCAGCAGACUCCGGGCUGAAGGAAAUUACGAGCUCAAAGAACGAUACGAGUUAGAUUUGUGCUUUUACGGAGCUUGCAACACGAUCGUGCUUACAACGAGUGGUCUUAGCCGAUGGUUUGUCGACAUGGAAACUCCCUCGUCGUCUUUAGCGAUCACUUUGAGGAUGCCAACGGUUGGACCGAUGAGCGUGGUCAGUUACGAGGGAAUGGUUGACCUUGCCUCAGUCCAGUUGGAAUUCGAACAUUUCGUCGUUUUCACCGGGGAUGAGCUUGGACCUGAGGACUGGGAGUACAAUUCAAGAAUGGGGAAAGAGCUUGUCGACUUGAGGAAUGAGGCUGUAACCCGAGAAUAUUUGAAUGGUCAAUACAAGUGCAUGUUGGACCAUGUCGUAAAUGACUGCACCCUGCUGGAUUGGAUUAAAGGAAAUUGGGAUUGUCUGAAGGCUGAGAUUAACUUUAGUUGUGUCUAAUUGUAAAAUGUUGUGACCGGACCUCAAGAUUUUAACCGACAAUGUGUGAAAUGAGAAUUUAUAUAUUAUUAAUUAUAAUAUGUAAUGAUGUGAAUGUAUGUAUCGCUGCCAAGUAUAUUAAAUUAAUUAAUUGCAUCCCAUUUUAAGUUGCAUAAACUACUUUAAAACAUUCAAUUAUAUCCAGAUUCAUUCAUCAAUAUCAAGAUUUUUGGGGUUGAAUUGAAAGCACGCCUAUCAUUUUACCUAC